UGGUGCGGUCCGGCAGGGAGAAGUGGACGUGGACUGGCGUAGGCGAAGCUCCGCACGUUAGCAAGGCAACAUGCGUGAAUGCAUAUCUAUCCAUGUUGGUCAGGCUGGUGUUCAGAUUGGCAAUGCGUGUUGGGAAUUGUAUUGUCUUGAACAUGGGAUCCAGCCUGAUGGUCAGAUGCCCAGUGAUAAAACAAUUGGAGGUGGAGAUGAUUCAUUUAACACUUUCUUCAGUGAGACAGGAGCUGGUAAACAUGUUCCCAGAGCAGUAUUUGUGGACCUUGAGCCAACUGUAGUUGAUGAAGUACGUACAGGCACAUACAGGCAGUUAUUCCAUCCUGAACAGCUCAUUACUGGGAAGGAAGAUGCAGCUAAUAAUUAUGCCAGAGGCCAUUAUACUAUUGGAAAAGAGAUUGUUGAUCUAGUGUUAGAUCGCAUUCGCAAACUGGCUGAUCUGUGUACAGGGCUGCAGGGUUUCCUUAUCUUUCAUAGUUUUGGAGGAGGCACUGGUUCAGGAUUUGCAUCUCUACUCAUGGAAAGGCUCUCUGUUGACUACGGCAAAAAAUCUAAACUAGAGUUUGCGAUUUAUCCAGCACCACAGGUUUCCACUGCUGUGGUGGAACCUUACAACUCAAUUCUAACUACCCACACAACGUUGGAGCAUUCAGAUUGUGCUUUCAUGGUAGAUAAUGAAGCCAUUUACGAUAUAUGUCGUCGAAACCUUGACAUUGAGCGUCCUACUUACACUAAUUUAAACCGUCUAAUUGGGCAAAUUGUCUCAUCCAUCACAGCCUCACUGCGUUUUGAUGGAGCCCUCAAUGUAGAUCUGACAGAGUUUCAGACUAACCUUGUUCCAUAUCCACGAAUCCAUUUUCCCCUGGCAACAUAUGCCCCUGUCAUCUCUGCUGAAAAAGCGUAUCAUGAGCAGUUAUCAGUGGCUGAAAUUACCAAUGCUUGUUUUGAACCAGCCAACCAGAUGGUAAAAUGUGACCCUCGUCAUGGCAAGUAUAUGGCCUGCUGUAUGUUAUACCGAGGUGAUGUUGUUCCCAAAGAUGUUAAUGCAGCUAUUGCUACUAUCAAGACUAAACGAACCAUUCAGUUUGUGGAUUGGUGCCCAACUGGAUUCAAGGUGGGAAUUAACUACCAGCCUCCAACUGUGGUGCCAGGUGGUGACCUUGCAAAGGUGCAGCGAGCUGUGUGUAUGCUGAGUAAUACAACUGCUAUUGCUGAAGCAUGGGCUCGUCUUGAUCAUAAAUUUGAUCUCAUGUAUGCUAAGCGUGCCUUUGUACAUUGGUAUGUUGGAGAAGGAAUGGAGGAAGGAGAAUUUUCUGAGGCCCGGGAAGAUCUGGCUGCCCUUGAAAAAGAUUAUGAAGAAGUUGGAGUAGACUCAGUGGAAGCAGAGGCUGAAGAAGGGGAAGAAUAUUAAGAAAACUGAGGUCUGAAAACGUAUUUGAACAAAAAAAA